CUGCUGGGGGCGGCGGGAGGCGGGUCCGUUCGCCCCCUAAGAUGGCGGCGGAGCGCUCACGUGGUGUGCGCUGAGGGGACGGAGCGGGGUGGCCGUUGGCGACAUGGCGGCGGUAGAGGGAGUGGAGGGGGGCGAGAGGAAAGAGGAGGACGAAGAGGAGGUGGAGGAGCAGCUGGUCAUGGUGGAACUGUCAGGAAUUAUCGAUUCAGACUUCUUAGAAAAAUGUGAAAACAAAUGCAAGAUUUUGGGAAUAGAGACAGAGAGGCCCAUUUUACAAGUGGACAGAUACGUCUUUGCAGGGGAAUAUGAAGAUGCCUUGGGAACCUGCGUGGUCUUUGAAGAAAACACAGAGCAUGUAGAUGCAGAAGGCAACCAAAAAGUACAGCUCAAGUACAAGUGCCAUACAAUGAAGAAGUUGAAUAUGACACGGACACUUCUGACAGAGAAGAAGGAAGGAGAAGAGAAUGUUGAUGGUGUGGAGUGGUUACAGAUCAAGGACAGAGACUUCUCCUACAGCAGGCCUAAUAUGAUUUGUAGCUUUCUGCACGAAAAGGAAGAUUCUGAUGAAUCAGCUCAGGCCCAAGACAAACUAGCUGAAGAGUCAGAGGGAGAGGUGAGUGACAAAGGAAAUUCUGACACGAACUGUGAUCAGGCUCAAGACAAACCAGCUGAAGAGUCAGAGGGAGAGGUGAGUGACAAAGGAAAUUCUGACACGAACUGCGAUCUGGAAAAGCAGCACGGCUUGGAAGUAGAUGCCUCUCCUCUUCCUCUGCCUCAUAGUCCAGCUCCUGAGGCAGAGGGUUCUCCUUCUGGAAGUGUUGCCUUAGAUGAUACCCCUCCGUGAUGUCAGCUCUCGUCUCUUCAGGAUUUCUUCGUGGAAUUAAACAGGCCAGCUUUUAAAGACCAAAUGUAUAGGCUAGGACAUGAUUUCCAAUUUAUCUGAGCAAUUAGCAGGGGGAAAAACUGACAUGUUCUUGUGCAUUCCUUUUGUGUUUGGAGUUGAGUGGGGAGGGGUGUAGUGCUUUGUUUUUAAAUGCCAAUUGGAAAUGUGUGCAUCUCUACCUCAAAUUGAAGAAGAGGAAACAGCUACAUAAUUAAAUAAAAAAUGCCUUUGAAAAACAUUGAUAUAUCGUAUGGUUUGGGAUGCUUUGUAAAAAGGGGAAAAAAACAUUGUUGAAAGUCCUGAAACUCAGGUAUAGCCUCACCUUGUGUGUAAUAUUCAUCUGCCUACUGUGUCUGUUCUUGUACUGCACUGACUGAAAGAAAAAUUCAAAUAAAGGUGGCUUUCGUAAGGUUUGAUA